AUGGUUUCGCUGCUUGAAGCAGCUGUUAAGUGCGGAUACAAACCAGACGGGCUUGAAAACCAAGGCACAGCCACCCAAGGUGGUAAAAGCAAAGAUAAAAACAAAAACAAAAAGAAGACAGUUGACCCCUCUAUCUCAGGUUCAGUUCAAUAUUUCACGAGCAUUAAAGAGCUUCAAGUGAUCGCCGAGCUAAUAGCUAAGUCGUCUCUAACCGUGCCGAGGCCAAUUCUGGCCCUCGCCAGAAGAGCAAUUAAGCUCAGAAAGCACGUUAUUUCUUGGUUCCUGGGACAGGGAGACACCAAAAACAAUGAGCGACAUGCUCAUUUUGUUUCUGCUCUGGAGAUAAUCUGUGACAUCUUGGAAUGGAAGGUGAACAAGUCCUCCGAUCCCAAUGCCAAGCAGCCACCUGCCACCUCUGAGGCUGCGGUCGAUGAUGCAGAAAUCGACCUGUUCCACAACAAAUUUGCAGUUCUCACCGUUGAGGAACCGCAGGAAUCCGAAUCAACGCCGGAGGCUCUCCCUGAAUCCCAGAAAAUUGUUGACGUCCAAGUUCUUGAUGAGGACGAGGAUGAAGCUGAAGGGUCACAAGUCGGCAUCAUCUUAUUCAAGACAUACUGCAUGUUUCAAGAUCUGCACAAUACGCGGGUAUUCAUAUCCCAUACUUGGACGGAGUACUGCGACAAGAAAAUCGACCUCAUGAACGCCGCUGUGGUGACAGAUAGCGCUUUGCAGCUUGCACGGGACCUUAUUCGGGAUGUGGUGAAUGACUGGGGGAGUUCCCUUCGCCAAUCUGGUCAACUUCUUCAGGAACUAGUGUUAAAAUUGGCAAGCCUAAGUCGUGGUGGUGAUAGGGGCCCAUCAAUGGAAGUCGGUCUUCCAUACAACGAGAAUGCGGCUGAUAUAGCUGACUGGACCUUGAUGACAACCACGAUCCUACUGAAGUCAUUUGCGGACGUGAUGGAUGAUGGUGAUACCUUGCCUGUAUUCAAGAAGGGAUACUUCGGUAUCUACAAUCCUAAAGCAAACAGGGAGGCGAUGUCUGCUGGCCAGAAAUUCAAGGAGGAUAAGAUCAUUCUUCUCGAGUUACUGCCCCAGUUCUGUAUGCUGGAUGCAUACAACAUUCGGACACCCGCUCCGGAUACAAUCACUGAAGCUAUUCUCGAAUAUGUCAAGAAUAAAAGAGUUACUCCGUUCCUCGCAUUUGCUUGUCAAAUUCUGCUUGAUAUCCAUCAUAUCAUGCGGCACAGUUCUAUGAGUGCAUAUGCAGACCUUCGCAUGUCGGGACUGCGUAUUCAGAGAAUUAUCGACGACUAUUUCAAGCUUUCCAAAACACACCCGAAGCCUCAGUUCUGGCCAAAGGAAGGCGACGAGGAGAUCAAAGGUAUACACACGACUGUACAAGCGUGGGUCAUUGACGACAUGCUUUCGUUUGUUCGAUCUAGAAAUCGAGAAUUGAGGAGUCUUCCAGUCCCUGAAAAGCAUCUCCUGCUAAAUCAACAUGGCCUCCUCAGUGGGUUAAUUUUGUUCCACCUCAAUCUACGAAUGCAGUCCGUUGGCCAACAACUCAUCACCCAAUGGUAUGAUGUCCAGCAAUUAGCAUUCUUGCACAAUCUUGUCACAUUGAGAAUUUCGUCUGCUACAAAGUUUGCCCGCGAUUCACGCAAUAGACGGGAUUUCCAUCGUCCCGAUGGAAAGAAUGCUCGACUCCUCACGUUAACGACCACAGUAGCGAAUCUGUACCGGGAGCAAUAUAUCCCGUACAUGCCUAACCCGGAUAAUCAUCAUGGCAUCGCGAGCAUUGACACGGUUCUGGAUCAACUUUCGGAGAAGCCAGCUGUCAAAGAAAAAACCAAGGCCAAGGGCAAGGGCAAGGAGGUUGUACCCUCCAACAAUUCACAGGCGAUAUUCCAGCGUAAAUGGGCAAACGCCCGUAGCAUCGACGCGUUACAAGUUCUUGCCCUUAUAAAGAACAAAUUAUUCGAAGAACAGCCCGCUAUCUUAUGCAAUUAUUUUGGGAUGCAUAAACGCUGCGUUGAACUGCUCAGGCUUAUCAAAGCCAAGGAGGACCAUAAGUUCGCUCAAUAUUUCACACCAGCGUACAUGCCUGAUGAAUCUUUAAUCUCUAGCCUGGUUAUUCUUGUUCAUCAUGUUGCUCGAGGCUCUGCGCAAAAUACACAAGCUCUUGGAAUUGCACAGCCGGGGACGCAGGCCAUAAGUCGAAUCGUCAUGAGCUGUGCUGAGAUCAUGCAGGAUUAUCUGCAGAAGAAUGGAGAUGUCGCAUGCAAAGAGCCAAAGAUCUUUUGCAAGAAUAAAGCUCAAAUCCAAGAUGUGAUCGAACAAGAUGAGAGUGGCCCUGAUACGCAUUAUUCUUGGUUCACUCUUGAAAAUGCCCUGUGCCCAGCGGCCAUGGCGUCGCUGAUGACGGGAAUUCCAAUCGCCUAG